UAUUCACUGAACAAAGAUAUUACCUGUCGGUAAUUCGAUUCAGUCCAAUGAACACAAGUGGCUCUACACAGAAAUGGAAUUUACCUGUCAACCGUGCCCUGUCUCCGCUCCAUGGAUUCAGUUGAGUGUUAACGCAGAAUAACGACGUGGCUUCGCUCGACCUACAUUGACAAUCUCGACAGAGGAAAUACGACAUGCUAACUCUGCUGAUGGUCUCCCUGCCUGUUGUGGUCGUCGGCUUCAACCUCACCAUCCUCCACACCAACGACAUCCACGCAAGAUUCGAGCAGACCAACACAGACAGUGAUCAGUGUUCGGCCGACGAUGUGGCAGAAGGGAAAUGUUUCGGGGGACAGCGCGACUGGUGACCAAAGUCCGAGAACAGCGUGCCCUCCACCCCAACACCAUCCUCCUGUCUGCAGGGGACGAGUUCUCGGGGACGUUGUGGUUCUACAAGUACCGCGGUGCUGUUGUGGCCAGAUUCAUGAAUCUGUUGCAGUAUGACGUCAUGACGCUGGGUAAUCACGAGUUUGAUCUUGGUAUCGACGGGUUGAUACCUUUCAUGAACGACCUCAACUUCACCGUGGUCAGCGCUAACAUUAACGUUUCUGCGGAACCAAGGAUGAAUGACAAGCUGAUGAAACACACGGUGUUGACUGUCGGGGGUGAACGUAUCGGGGUCAUCGGGUACACAUCCAGAGAAACUCCAGAAACCUCGCGACCAGGUCCAAACCUCAAAUUUGAAGAUGAAGUUGCAGCAGUCCAGAAAGAAGUUGAUGUAUUGACGUCACAGGGCAUCAACAAGAUAAUUGCCCUCGGUCACUCGGGCUUUAAUGUUGACCAGAUAAUAGCAUCAGAGGUCACUGAUGUGGAUGUGGUGGUCGGUGGUCACACCAACACUUUCCUCUACACGGGUGACUACCCGUCCAGUGAGGAACCGGAAGGCAAGUUUCCCCACGUGGUGACCCAGUCGGGAGGGGCCAAGGUGCUCGUGGUGCAGGGCUACGCCUACGGGAAGUAUCUUGGAGCCCUCGAAGUGACCUUUGACCCGGAAGGUGUCAUCACGUCAUGGGGAGGCAACCCAAUUCUACUGGACAACAACACAGCACAAGACGAGAUGACCCUACAGCUGAUGCAGCCGUACAAAGAGGGCGUGGCCAACGAGUCAGGCAAGGUGGUGUCCAGAAGCCACGUGCUGCUGGACGGGGACAAGCGGUCUUGCAGGGUCAAGGAGUGUAAUAUUGGUAACCUGAUAGCGGAUAGUAUGGUGCACCGAAACCUGAAGUUCUGCGACCCCCUGGCAUGGAACCACGUGGCCAUCGCUUUCAUGAACGCCGGCGGCAUCAGGACGUCGAUUCAGAGAGGUGACGUCACAAUGGAUGACAUUUUGACCGUGAUGCCGUUCCGGAACACCGUGGACAUCGUGGAGCUACUGGGGAAACAUGUCCGGGAGACGCUGGAGUUCGGGGCGUCCAAGUGGGUGGAGACUGGCAACCUGUUUGGGGGGUUCUUCCAGGUGUCAGGUAUGACAAUUGUGUACGACAUGACGAUGCCUGUGGGUCAAAGGGUAAUAGAGGUCAAGGUCAGAUGCACCAACUGUUCCGUGCCCCAUUACGUGGAUCUGAAUGACUCCGAGAUAUACAAGAUCAUCAUGCCAUCUUUCAUUGCUAAUGGCGGGCACGGAUAUGACGUCAUUAACAACAACAAAAUCCGACAUCACCUGAUUGGGGAUGUGGACAGCGACAUCUUCCUUGAGUACGCCAAAGCCUUCUCACCCAUCACGGCAGGUCUAGAGGGUCGCAUCACACAUCGGAAGGUGCCAACGUGCCCCUGUCAUCUCAGCCCAUUCUCCCCACAGCUCCUCACACCGACAGUUGCUGUCAUAGUUGUAGCUUGUUUCUACUCAUGUCACAGACUUUGCGUAGUGAUGAAAAUUGUUUCCAGAUCGACUGGAAUGUUUUCGUCCUAUUUUGAAUGUGUUUGACCACCGCCAACUGGAUAGUGUUACGUGAUAUAUGUGACUAUCACUGGAUGUGACUGAAUCGUGUGCACUGAAGCUGUGUGACCAAAACCAGAUGUGACCAUAUAGUGUUGUAUUCUUUAAUACAAAUUGUGUCAGUGGCGAGAUAUUGCUUACCCUUUCAGUGAUCCAUUCAUGUACUAUCCACUCUGUUUUUCCUUUAAGCCAAGUGGAAUCGGUGAAUACGCGGACAGGGUAAUAUCUGGCGCUGACGUAAUCGAAGUUAUCGAUAUGUUGCCGCAUGAUGUUGAUUAACAGGUCUUAUCAUCAUGAGAUGUUACUGGAUUCUGAACAGGGAAAAUGUGUCACCCUCUCGAAAUGUGAUGGGAAAGUAUGUUACCCUCUACUUCUGUGACUGGAUAGUGUGGGGUGAAAGUGUGUUGCCCUGUAGAGGAGUGACGGGAAAGUGUGUAGCCCCUAGAGGUGUGACUGGAUAGUGUAGGGGAUAGUGUGUUACCCGCUAUGGGUGUGACUGGAACGUCUGUUACCCUCUAGAGGUUUGAGUGUGACUGCUGGAUAGCGUAGAGGGAUAGUGUGCUGCCCUCUCGAGGUAUGACUGGAUAGCGUAGAGGGAUAGUGUGUUGCCCUUUCGAGGUGUGACUGGAUAGUGUAGGGGAAAAGUGUGUUACCCUCUCGAGGUGUGACUCUGUGUGUGUUUGGGGGGUGGGGGGUUAGUGUGUAGGGAAAGUGUGAAUGUAUGCAAAUGUUUCGAGGGUUUGAUUUACAGUGCCAACGUCUGGAGAUGUGACCAGGCAGUAUGAAUGUUCUUCUAACACUGACUAUAGUUGGGACAUCCCACAUCGCCAGGACUGACCGUUAUUCUCCAACCGCGACUUUUUGUUGUCAAUAAAACCAGUCAAGGCCAUAGCAUUGUGAUGUAAUGUCAUAACGUCCGUUUUGUUGUCAAGCAGCUGUUUUGACAAUCAGAUGUGUUAACUCUUAUUUGUGUCAAAUGUCAUUGUGUUGAAUUUUGUUACUGAUAGUUUCCGAAAUGAAGUCGUGAGCAGUUGCUGCAGCUGCAGCAUUAAAUGGGGGACUUUCAGCCGAUACGUGGUUGUGGUUAUGGUGGUGGUCGAAUAGUUUAAGGGCAACUUGGGCCAAUACGAGACUGAGUUGCAGAGUUGUCUCCCCUAUAUCGUCAACUUUGUAUGUAGGGUGCUAAUCGUCUGUAUUCACUCAAUUGUUCGUUCAUAGUGGAUUGAUAAAUAUGUGAUAUGUCUCUAUCGCAAUAAACACGUACAAGUGGAA